UACGUCACCCGCCUAAAUCACUCAUCCCCGGCUACCUCUUGGUCGCCCAAAGGAGCAUUGCGUUCUCGCCAGGCUUCAGCGCCCUCACUCACCAUUGGCCCUGUACAUCCCAGGCCUCGCCGAUCCUAGCGUCCAACGCGGAUUCCAGCUGCUUCUAUUCAUCCCUCCGAGAUAUCCCACCAGACACCAUGGCUGAUACCGCCGGAUACCCUACCGACGGCAAGCUGGAUGCACACAACGUCCACACCAACAAGCGGAAGCGCGACACGCGCGAUCAAGGACUGAACCGACCUGCUCCCCAUUCCGCCAACAACGACCUCACCGACCAAGCCACUGCCUCAUUUCUCGCCGCGCACAACGCCGCCGACGACGAUAUGCAGCAACAGUUCGACGUACACCACAACGGUGGGACCAACACUGCCAGUGUCGGCGACACCGCCGCCGCCGCGCUUGCCUAUCACCAGAUGACGGUCCCUCAGGCGACAGAACUCCAGUUCCAGACACAGAACUCAGGCGACGGCUCCUUCAGCAUGGGAGACCACGGCCAACAACAAACGGGCAUGCAAGACUUUAGUCUCGAAGCUUUGAAGGCUGCUACACAGACGGGUCGUCCCGGUCAAACAGCACCCAGCGACUCGCCACCGCAAAGCGCCGCGCACAAACCUCAAGUCGGCACCGAUGAGUGGCACAAGGUCCGGAGAGACAACCACAAAGAAGUUGAACGCCGCCGUCGCGAGACCAUCAACGAGGGAAUCAACGAACUAGCCAAGAUCGUCCCCGGCUGCGAGAAGAACAAGGGCUCCAUCUUGCAACGGGCUGUCCAAUUCAUUACCCAGCUGAAGGAGAAUGAGCAACAAAACAUCGAGAAGUGGACCCUUGAAAAGCUACUUACCGAGCAAGCCAUCACCGAGCUCAGCGCUAGUUGCGACAAGUUCAAGGCCGAAUGCCAACGGGCGUGGGACGAAUGCAAUAUCUACAAGCGCACAUGCGAAGCUAACGGCAUCAUACCCGACGAGAUCAAAGAGCGUCAGGAGAAUGGCGAACAGACGGGAGCCAAUCCCAUGUAGGACUGGGAAUAAGCGUCGCUUGUCGAUCAUUUCAUCGAGGCGACAGUAACCUUGUCUUGCUAGCCAUGUUCAGGAGACAUAUAUCUGUACUUCUUUUCCCGGCCUGUCGGUCGACUGUUCAUUCCCCGCACUGGCAGUGCGGCAGACUAUGUUAUGUUCGGCGUACA